AUGUAUUCCCAGCAAUACAAUAGCCCAGCCUCACUCCCGGAAUGUUCCGUAAGACGACACUCUUCGGUGGAAAUCGACUGUAGAUACGCCAACAACAAGGUUCUCUAUGAUUUGGUCAAGGAUAAAACCAUUGAACUUGGUGCUCUGGUUGACCGACUUUUACAAUCGGAUGCCUUGAACGCUGUGGAACAAAGAGACAUCCAGAAAACCAUUUGGCAAAUAAUAGAAAAAUUCCCUGGAUUUGUUCCACCCUCGUCGUCAUCAUCUGUCACUGCCCCAACGAUGCUAUCGCCCUUGACGAAUCACGGAAAGCCAGUUGUCAACAACCCUCCCAACUCUAUCAGCAAUUACGCAACCGCGGGGUGCAAAAAUGUCAGCACUUCUUUCAGUGUUUCCAGCAUAACAGAAAACUCGUACGGUGCAGCUCCGAUCACUCCUAGCAAUCAAACGUUUGAGCUUGCCCCUAGACUGUCCCUAGUAAAUCCGCACUACAAUUACAGUUAUCACAUUCAGCCGCGUCAUUCUUUCAGCAACGAAAGACAAUUUUCUGACGCGCAGCCUCAAAACUCAGGCUCAAGGAGAUCCCCUGAACACGCGUUUUCGCACACAAACAGGAGCCGCUCCUUCGUGCAGCUGCCCCCAGUGAAGACUUUACUGACUAAAGAUGACCAAAUGACGGAUGAUCAAGUGAUGCAUGGUUAUUCACAUCGGGACCACCUGCCCCUACAAAUGCACGUGCACAUGCAGACCAUCAAGGAAGAAAAGCCAAAUAUCGAUCUUUCUCCUUCUAUAUCAUCUUCGUCUUCGUCAUCGUCACUAAAUCCACAGGCCCAUAUGACCGACGCGCUGGAUACUAAGCGUAAGCGGCCCGUUGAAACGGGUCAAGAGAAUGCAGCUCAAUCACCAACUUCGAGUAACGUUCAACUAUCAUCCGUGAUUACCGUUCCUAGAAAAGAAAAGGUAACCACCCUUAAAAAGAACCAGUGCCAUAUAUGUGGAAGAAUUUGUUCUAGGCCAUCAACAUUGCAGACUCAUCUUUCCAUUCACACCGGCGACAAGCCUUACAAGUGUCCUUGGCCAAGCUGUAACAAGUGUUUUAACGUGAAAAGCAAUAUGCUACGACACUAUAAGAGGCAUGAAUGCAAAAGUAGGGCAAACCAGUCAACAUCCGCGAUAAGGGCAAGCAAGACAAAUAUCGUCAGCAUAUAA